GCGUUCCCUACGCAAACCUAUUUUCGCAAUCAAUCAGUCGCCUUUAUUACUUGUCGUAACUGAACUGGCAGGGACGCGGUGUUGUGGCCUACUCAGCACGGGGAAACAUGAAGCUGUUGGUGUGUUGUGUGUUCGUCGUUCUUGCUUGUCAAAGUACAUUAGCAGACUGGGUUCGGCAGCCAUUUUGGUACGACGAUGCACGCCGAGACAAGGUCGCCAAGGGCACCGUGUGGCCUCAGCCCAAGUCCAUCCAGACAUCAACACAGAGUCUGUCUCUCAACCCGGAUAGUUUCAGCUUCACGACGACGGCCAAUUCAGCCACUUCUGAUGCUUGCAAGGAUGUACUUGACCCCGCCCUUGAAAGAUACCGCGCUCUCCUGUUCUGGAUUCCUGCGGACGCCAGAGUAAGUGUGAGCGGAGACAGCGUGGUAGGCAGUCUGCGUGUGUCCAUUACGGGCACAUGCACCAAGUACCCAAGCCUCGAUUCGGACGAGUCUUACAGCCUUGAAGUUCCCUCCAGCGGAGAAGCGACGCUUUCUGCCCAAACCGCAUGGGGCGCUCUCAGAGGUCUGGAGACCUUCAGCCAGCUGGUUUAUGAAGUUGAUGGAAAGCACAAGCUGAAUGUGACAACUAUCAACGAUGAGCCGAGAUUCCCACACCGGGGCGUCAUGUUGGACACGGCCAGACACUUUCUACCUGUGCCCUAUAUCAAGCAGAAUCUGGACGCCAUGUCUUAUAACAAGAUCAACGUGUUCCAUUGGCACAUUGUGGACGAUCAGUCGUUCCCCUUUCAAAGUAAAACCUAUCCAGACCUCAGUGGAAAGGGUGCCUACACCCAGGAUAACGUUUAUUCACCAGAAGACGUCCAGUCCGUGGUGGAGUACGCGCGCCUGCGCGGAAUCAGGGUCAUCCCUGAGUUCGACUCUCCAGGCCACAUGCAGUCCUGGGGUCAAGGUCACCCCGAACUACUCACGAGCUGCAGCCCCACAAGUAUUCAGCAGGACAUCUACCACCUUGGGCCAGCUAACGUGGCGAGAAACAGCACAUAUGACUUCAUGCAGCGGCUGUUCCAGGAAAUACGUGAAGUCUUCGCGGAUGACUACUUUCACCUGGGCGGUGACGAGGUCCACUUCCAGUGCUGGAUGAGCAAUGAUGAAAUUCAGCAGUUCAUGCGACAACAAGGCUUUCAAAACACGACAGAAGGCUUUGCUCAACUGGAAGGGUAUUACAUACAACGGUUGAUAAACGUCCUGAAUGGGUUUCCAACAAGGACGCGAGGAAUCGUUUGGCAAGAGAUCUUCGACAACAACAUCCUAAGUGGGGACUUCACGAUUGAUUUAGACACCAUCAUCCACGUGUGGCAGUGGAACAAUAGCAACUUCCAGGGAAUCCAGUACUGGGACGAGCUGCCGCUGGUCACGGCUGCGGGGUACAAAGCUAUCCUGUCGUCCUGCUGGUACCUCAACUUCAUCAGCUACGGACGGGACUGGCCAGAGUACUACGCGUGCGAUCCACACAACUUCACCGGAACCGCCCAGCAGAAGCAGUUGGUGAUCGGAGGAGAAGCGCCCCUGUGGGCAGAAUGGGUGGACGCUACCAACGUCGUCGCUCGAUUGUGGCCCCGUGCCAGUGCAGCGGCAGAACGCCUGUGGAGCCCGCAGACGCUGACUGAUGCCACCGCGGCUUCUCCUAGGAUGGAGGAACACAGGUGCAGGAUGGUCAGACGCGGUAUCCGUGCCCAGCCACAAGGACCCAGCUACUGCAAGUACGAGUGGAACCUGGCAGGGGAGUCCAACUACGUCCCCACCGCCUCUGGCGCGCUGGGGAUGAUGGGAUAUAUCCAGCAGCUGUUGUUGUUCUGCUGUUUGGUCUUGACCUUUGGCUUUUGGUGAAUAGAACGAUACUGAGCGUAGUUGCUCGAGCUCUCAUAUCGCUUGACUAGUAUACUUUACACCCCUAUUUCACCAGGGCGGCUACAUUGUUGCGACUACCCAGAGAUCGCUCAAUGUGUUUCAUGCAUAAAAUGAUUUCUUUUGUGUGACUUGUCAGUCAUAUUUCUAGCGUGAUAUUCGAGGUAUGUAGUUAAGGAUUACACAAAGCCAACUGAGGGCGCAGCGAGUUCACAGUGCGAUUAGAGUAUAGUGGGAUUCAGUUUUGCCAUAUUCUGUAGUGGGUAGUAAAAUAUGGUAUGGGAUAUAUACUGUCUCGUUUGGGGCCAUCCAAAUGCAAUCUACGUCAAACAAUGUAUAAUUAAUGUAAGCAUAGACUGACUUACUUCAAUCUUAAACUCACUGGCCUCGCUUAAGGUACUUUGGACCACGCUGGUAGAGAUUAAGUGCGUAAAUUGCAAUGAUCGUCGUCGGGGAUUGACAUCAUUUUGUAUGCGCUGUGCUUUUUAGAAUUUUGCAUUAACAUGUUCUUAAUGUCCUGAAACUCUAGACGUUCCGAUGAUAAUCAUAUCAACUUAGAUGCCACUUUACUCAUCUUA